UUUCGUCACCGUCACUCACUAGCAGUGCACAUCCCCAGCUAGAAGUCUACUGCUAAUAUCUCCUCCAUCUCAUCUGCGCGUCGCUCCGCAUCCACCACAACUGUCCGUCAUUGCUCCAGUGAUGCCUUUGAACCUCGCUCGGUGCGGAGGGGGUGUCCUCCAGCACCAGCUCAACCAAGCUUUCUCUCGCCCCGUCCGCCAGGCUAUCGUCCAGAGCCAUGUUCGGCCUCUGUCCCUAAUUACUCUCGGUCGCCUCUCGAGCUUCAAUGCUCGGCCCGCACCGGUUUCCGUCGCGCUGUCUCGAGGCCCGUCCAACACCUAUGCCACUGCAGCUUCCAAGCCCACCAAGGCCACCAAGGCUACCGAUGCUACCAAGUCUCCCAAGUCUCCCAAGGCCACGAAGGCUCAGAAGACUUCCAAGACUCCCAAGGCUCCCAAGGAUACCGACGCCCCCUCAAAAGAACGCAAGCCCAAGAUGACAGUUCAAGAGAAGGAACGCAAAGACAGAGCCAAGGAAAGGGACCUAGUCGCGAAGACCAAGAUAGCGACCCUUGUAUCUGAGGAGCCGAAGAGACCCCUUACCGCCUACAUGCUUGCUAUCAUAGACAAAAUGAAGGAAAUCAAGGCGGCACACUCGGACGCGGACCUGCCGCAGACGGAGAUAUUCCGCCUGGCCACUGAAGCUGCUAAGACAAUUAGUGCCGAAGAGAAGGAGAAAUACACGUCCACCUGGGAAGCGAGUAAGGAAGCCUAUCCGGGGGUAUAUCGGAAAUGGGUCGAGUCAUACACCCCCAUCGAGAUCAAGCAGGCCAACCUGGCUCGAAAGCAACUGGCCCGGCUCAGGAACAAGAAGCCUCGUUACAUCCAGGAUGAUCGCUUGGUCAAACGCCCAAAGGCCUCCUACAUUCUUUACGCAGAGGAACGUCUGAGCUCAAGUGAUCUCCAUGAUUUACCCGUUCCCGAACGUAGUAAACACGUUGGAGCGGAGUGGAACAACAUGACGAAAGCACAGAAAGAGCCAUACGUUGUCCGAGCUGCAGAGGACGCCGAGCGCUACAAGCGGGAAUACCUGGCGGCUUACGGCAUUCCUGUCCCUGAAUCGAAAUGAGCACAUGUAGCAUGGCUGUCAGGAAACGCGGGAGUCUGGAUUUGUUCUGUUACUGGGCGGCUAAUGGUGUUUCAAGAUGACGCUGGGGCGCGUGGUCGGAGCAAUGGGUUCUUUACUGUGCACUCGAUCUUGGGCUGGCUGUCUUUCCUGUCUCUUGUUCCGUGUACCCUCCAUUUGCGAUUCUGGCCUCUGGUGGAGGACGUGUACUCUAUCAAGUAUCAAUAACCAUGCAAUUUACAGCAAUUGGCUGUCACAGACCAGCGGGAUCUGCGGCUCGGU